AUGGACGUGGCGAUCCCGGUCUUGCAUUUGUAUGUGUCGAAAAGGGUUGAUCAGAUGGUGGAUAGUAGGUUGGUGGAGGAGGGUAAGGUAUUUUUUGCCCCUAAAAUUCGUGACUAUGAUUAUGGGAUUAGGCGUGCCACUGGGGUCCCCGAGAUGGAUGAGUUCUUCCGGAGUGAGGGUCUUAUCGAUGCUUGCCGUCAUGUUGAAAGUAUUUCGAGGAUGAGGGGGGAAUUCGGGUGGCAAAUCCAUUGGUUGAACGCCACAGAGGUAUUCCUUCGACGUGGUGGAGAUGCUAAUGAAGCAUGGGAGAAAUUUGUGCUGGAGCCUAUUACGAACAUUGUGGCUCGUUUCAUUUGCAAAGAAAAUAUAGAUCCGAAACCGACUGUCGGUACUCCAUCCAUUGCCAUUUCAGUAGCUACUACAAACAACUAG